GAUUGUUCAACGUCUAGCAUACAUUUCCGGAAUAAACAGUCAUGCCCGGACCGUGCCGGUUUUCAAACUUAGUCAGCGGAGUACAAGUGGUUACUUUUUGUAACAUGAAAAUCCAGCUUCAAAUUGCUGAUUAUGAGUAGUUUUGCUGAACAAAAUCCGAGCACUGAUCGUUGUCAUCUAUGAGUAACAUUAAGUUACAUUUAGCAUCAUAGAAAGUUAGUCGUAGGGAGGUGUGUGUGGCUGCGCAUUUUCAACACAUCAUUUUUUGGAAAAUGAGCUCAUUUGGAGGUCGCAUGAAAGAAUAUCCCAACAUAUCUCUGGACCGUUUUGACCGUGAUAAUUUACAUGCCAGAGCCUAUUUUCUGUCUCACUGUCACAAAGAUCACAUGAAAGGACUAAAAGGACCUUUACUCAAAAGGAAACUAAAAUUCAGCCUAACAGUCAAAUUGUACUGCUCACCUGUGACGAAAGAGCUUUUACUGAACAAUCCAAAAUAUGGGUUCUGGGAAGACCAUAUUGUUGCCCUGGAAGUGGACAAUCCGACUCAGAUCUCUCUGGUGGAUGAAAUUACAGGGGAGAAAGAAGACAUUGUAGUGACACUACUUCCAGCUGGCCACUGUCCAGGAUCAGUCAUGUUUCUUAUAGAGGGAAACCAAGGGACAGUGCUGUACACUGGGGAUUUUAGAUUGGCAAAAGGCGAAGUCGCCCGUAUGGAAUUCUUGCACUCAGGGGGCAGGGUGAAAGACAUUCAGAGUGUUUAUGUGGAUACUACAUUUUGUGAUCCCAGUUUCUUCCAGAUCCCCAGCAGGGAGGCUUGUUUGAAUGGAAUAAUGGAGCUGGUCAGAGACUGGAUCAUCCAAAGCCCGUAUCAUGUUGUGUGGUUUAACUGCAAGGCUGCGUAUGGCUAUGAGUAUCUCUUCACUAACCUCAGUGAAGAGUUUGGCAGGCAGAUCCAUGUGAAGAACAUGGACAUGUUCAGAAGGAUGCCAGAGAUCUUAUGCCAUUUGACCACCGACCGAAUGACGCAGAUCCACGCCUGUAGACAUCCCAAGGAUGAGGAAUUCCUCAGAGGCAGCAGGCUACCAUGCGGGUCUACAGCUCCUAAUGGGACCCCACUGAACAUCAUCAGCAUCAAACCGUCCACCAUGUGGUUUGGCGAGAGAACACGGAAGGCCAAUGUUGUCGUCAAAACAGGAGCCAGUUCCUACAGAGCCUGUUUCUCAUUUCAUUCAUCCUAUUCUGAGAUUGAAGAUUUCCUAUCCUACAUCUGCCCUGUGAACAUAUAUCCCAAUGUUAUCCCACUUGGCAGAACAUUAGACAAUGUCAAAGAAAUAUUGAAGCCAUUGUGUAGAGAACAUUCUAGAAGAGGAGCCAUCACCUACAAACCAUUGGGGACUCUAAAAAGGGCUAAAGUAGAAAACACUUCAGUAGAUUCUGACAGUGAGGAUGAGCUGUUUGAGAUGGAAGAGGUCACUCCCUGGAGGAGGAAGAAACCGCCACCUAAAAGGCUCAAGCCCUUGAGCCCAGAAAAGACAGAGCCUCCCAACUGUCAGGAGGACCUCUGUCUUCAGUUGCACACUGUUCAACAAAAUGGGAACUACAUUGACUGCACAGAAUCAAACGAUGAUGAUGAAGAGGAGGAAGAAGAAGGGGAGUCUGCCACAGAGAAGCCUUGCUUUGACCAUCUCACAAAAUCCAGCGGUGGCCAAAAUCCAGCCUGCAGCCCUCCCAGUGAGCCAGCUGAAGGAAGUGUGGACCAGCACAAAAUGGUGGAUGUUGCCUGUCCCGAAUCUGAGCCCCCAAAGUGGGAGGCAUUCUUCACCGCUGACCCUGUGCUGACUGACGAGGGUUCAGAGCUGGAGAGCAGCCAGAACAGUCGGGCUCUUUCGGCAGAGAGGCCGUCGCCUUGGUCCCCGAACCUUUUCAGUGACUCGGACGACGACUCCACCCACAUCUCCUCCCAGUCCACCCAUGUCUCGGACCCGGGAACUGACGGCCUGAGCCAAGUGGACACCGUCCUACUCCCUCCGGAGGAAAAGAUAGCUGAACUACAGAGGAACCAGCAGAGAGACCCUCACAAGGCCAACCAUGAAGGGAACCAUAACAACUGGGACAGAGAUGCAGGCAGCCUUGAAGAUGGAAACAACUUUCCGCCACAAACCAUUUCCCCCGAGAAGUCGGAGUCACAAAUGUCCUCCGAUUUUGAGAUAUCAUCGACGCCUGACUCUCAGGUCCCAAAGACAGAGGACCUGAAAGAUUUGUAUAAGAAACUGGCUGCAGGAGAAGCCAUAGUGCUCAACAGGGGUAGUCAAUGAACAGUCUAAAUUUGAACAACUCACCCUACUGUGCAAGGGUCAAUUAUGCUUGUGACAUUUGAUUUUAAUGGACCAUGUGGCAGACAGGACACUGCUUCAUGUCCACCAUGUCUAUCCGUCCUUCCUCACCAGAGCACAUCAGUCUCUAAGGACACUUUUGUUGACAGUGAUGGCGUUUCUCACUGGACAAAGGCCCUGGCCAUAGGACAUGAUGCAAGGUUUAUAAAGUAGAAGCCAUAAGUCACAGGGGCUUCGAACAUUUAAUUGCCUUAUUUAUACACACUUAUCUCUUUAAGGUGUAAGAUCACAAAUAUUAACUGAACGUUUCAAUGCUGAUGUAACAAUCACUACGGGUAAUUGAGUUCUAGAACAGACUUAAAUUUUUUGGGGGAAAAAAAAAAACAUUCCAAAAAACCCACUCCUCAAAGGGUUUAAGUAUUCAUAUAAUUGGAGCUUUAGUUAGAAAGUAAAAUGGAUUGGUAAAAAUUCAGUGGCCCUUACCAGGCUGAUUUAUGUCCAACUAUAUUCUUUCCCUGAAUUUUGCUUUUUCCUGAAAUUUGAUACCUUAUACCCAUCUACCUCCAUUGUUCAACCAGAUAUUUAAUUCCGUAAGACUUUGGUGGGACCUUUAAGGUGCAUGUCUUUAGUAUGUACGUUGCUUUAUGUUGGCGAGUAAUUUAAAAUUUUUUACUGAACAAGAUUAUAUAUGUGAAU